AUGCGUGGCUUCAGUAGUCAAAAUUUAAGUGAUGAUGACAAUUAUAAAAUUGAAAAGACUCAACGGAAAACAAUUCCCGAACGUCUCCAUUUUAACAGAGAAAGAAAUAUGCCUAUUGCCAGUAUAUUCGGGACUAGAGGAUAUUUCGUAUUUUCAAGUGAGCAAUCCUAUGACAAAUUUAAACAGACGAACUUUAAUAUCAGUGUUCUAGAUGCGGAAGGUGUUGGUGUUCCUCUUUUUCAUAUUAUCCAAAGUUAUAACGUUUUAGGCAGAUUCACUCGGAGCUCGCCGGAUUUUUAUGUCUACAAGUACAUUUUACGAAGAGUGCAGGACCCGCCUUUAUACUCUGAAUGCAAGGUUAUUUGCGAAGAUAAGGUUUUUCGUUUAUGCGAAGUAUUGUGUUGUGAAAUUUACGCCAGCCAAGGAUUUUUUGAAACUAAAUACGAUUUCUUCUUUCCUUCUAAAACUCAUCCUGUCAAGAAGCAUCAAGUAAUUAGACAAAGUAGCAUGCGAGAUCUAUAUUCCACCUUGGAUGGUAUGCGAUUUCGUUGGCAUGUGAAAUUCUAUAGCGAUCAUUUUCGGUUGAUGUACUUAGAUGAGAGCCUCAGUUUAUCAAACAGUGGCCAGAAGGAAAGGCAAGAACAAAACCAAAGAAAAAUGAAGGCUCCAGAUUUUAUAAUUGGCCAUUAUACAAGGACUUUUUCCGACGUACUCCCCAGAGCCACAUCAAAAUGCUCCAACCUUAUUAUUGGAGAACAGUCACGACCAGACUCUCUCGGUAUCACUUCUGUUCCAGAAUUGACUGAGGAAUUUGCUUGUCAGGGGGCUUUAAUCCAUUAUCUGCUGCAUAUAGAACGAGAAAGAGACAAAAAUAGAAAAAGAAACAUAAACAGAAUGUGGUGA